CCUCUCUCUCUCUCUCCACCCCCGCAGCCGCAGCUACAACAAGACAAGCCACAUCUAUAGUACUACAUGUAGUACGCCCUCACGCGCCACCACCACCACUGAACCAGAGAGAGGGAGGGAGGGAGGGCAGACAGGAAGACAGAAUUGGCCUGCCAAGAAAACAAAAGAGAGAUCAAACCAAACCAAACCAACAAGAGAAUUGGCAAGAAACACACACACAGAGAGAGAGAGAGAGAGAGAGAGAGAGAGCCCUUGAAGAGAGCAAGGGAGGGAGGGAUCUAGAGGGAGAUGGGGAUGCGGGUGCCCGGGUGGGUUGGGGGCCUGGUGGAGGAGAGCUUCUUCGUGGGGUGCGAGGCGCACGAGAGCCGCAGGAAGAACGAGAAGAACAUCUUCUGCCUCGCCUGCUGCACCAGCAUCUGCCCGCACUGCGGCCCCGCCCACCGCCACCACCCGCUCCUACAGGUGCGGCGAUACGUGUACAAUGACGUCGUCCGCCUGGGUGACCUCGAGAAGCUCAUCGACUGCUCCUAUGUCCAGCCCUACACGAUCAACAGCGCGAAGGUUAUCUUCCUGAAGCCGAGGCCUCAGUCUAGGCCAUUCAAGGGCACUGGCAACGUCUGCCUUGCAUGUGACAGGAUCCUCCAGGAGCCUUUCCACUUCUGCUGCCUCUCCUGCAAGGUGGACCAUGUGGUGGAGCAGGGAGGGGACCUGUCCAACAUCCUGUUGUAUCGCGCCGGCGACGAGCUCCCUUUCCCGCGCUUCGAGAACCUCCACGUCGGCGACGCCGACUCGGGGCAGGUCACGCCCAACUCCAUCCUCGAGAACCCGCUGCACCACCGCAACAGGUACGGUGGCGGCAGCGGCGGGUCCAGCGACAAUGCCGGCAAUGGUGGUAACGGCAAUGGCGGCGGCGAGGCCGUGGUGGUGAAGCGGAAGAAAGGGGGAGGGUUCUUCCCCAAGAUGGUGCUGUCACUGGGCAACAGGAGGAAGGGCGCACCCCACCGAUCCCCCCUAGCCUGAGAACUCCCACGUUUGCAUGCCCCACCCCAACCCCCUAUAUAUGUGUCAUCAUGCUGUUAAUUAGUUACCGUAGCUAGCCAGUGUUAGUCCCCUAUUGGUGGUCGUAGCUGGAGCAUUAUAUUAGUAGUGGUGUGUGCGCUAUAGUCCUAUGGUUAGCCAUGUAGAGAGAGUGGCCCUGUUUGGAUCAUGGGGUUAGAGCUAGUUUGGGUUAGUUGGGGGCUUAAAUAACCCAAAAGUAUCCAAACAGGUAGGAUUAGAGUGGGUCAGUUCCAUCUAACCCAAUGCAACUAUCCCGGUGGAGAGGUGCUUAUUUGAGUUAGAGUUGGUUAGAAAAUAACUCUAACUCUAACUGUGUUAGAGUAUCCAAACAGGGCCAGUGUGUAUGUGUCUGGUUGGUUUGGGAGGGGCCUGAUGGUGAUCCAUGGAGAUGGAGGGCCACUUCUAGGAGCCGUAGCUAGGCCAAAGUGUUUUGGUGAGAAAGAGAAGAGAAGAAGAGAGAAGAGAGAAGAAUGGGGAAAGCGGUUCCCCCUGUUACAUGGCCUAGGUAGGCACGGGUCCUUGUGCGGGGCCCACAAUGCAUGCAGGAGGGCAGGCAUGCAGGCUCCAAACAAGGGUGGCUACCAAUUUUGUAUUAUGAUGUAACAGGGGCGUCCACACCCCCUAACUAUAUAUACAUCCCCAUAUAUAUGUGUGAAUUGUUGAUGUUUCUGUACAUUCA